AUGCUGGGCCGCCAGCUCGUCACCGCGACCAAGACGGCGCGCAGCACCAGCGCCGCCUGGUGGAAGCGCGCCGCGUCGUCCCUGGACCCCGUGCGCCAGGACGACGUCAAGAAGCCCGAGAACUUCCAGCUCGUCAUCGUGGGCACGGGCUGGGCCGGCUACCAGCUCUUCACGCAGUGCCGCAAGCACCUGGUGGACAUUGAGGAGAACGUCGGCCGACCCGUGGACCUCGUGGUCGUCUCCAAGCGCAACCACUUCCUGUACACGCCGCUGCUGGCCAGCACGACCGUGGGGACGCUCGAGUUCCGCUCCAUCAUCGAGCCGCUGCGUGACAGCAUGUUCAGUCACGAGAGCGACUUCCACCUGGCCAACGUGCAGGACGUAGAUCCGGAGCAAAAGGUGCUCAAGGUGGAGUCGGCCAUCAGCGACGCGAGCCGCCACCGCAAGUACGACAUCAAGUACGACGCGCUGGUGCUGGCGUGCGGCUCGCGCCCGCUGACCUUCGGGCUGCCGGGCGUGGAGGAGCACGCCUUCUUCCUCAAGGAGAUCAGCCACGCGCAGAAGAUCCGCAACCGCAUCCUCGAGAACUUCGAGGCGGCCACGCAGCGCGGCGUGACGCCCGAGGAGAAGCAGCGGCUGCUGCACUUCGUGGUGGUGGGCGGAGGCCCCACGGGCAUCGAGUUCUGCGCCGAGCUCUACGAUCUGGUGCUGCAGGACCUCGUGCACAAGUACCCGCAGACGUCCAAGUACCUGGGCGUGACGCUCGUGGACUCGGGCGAGAUCCUCAACGGCUUCGACAAGCACCUGCGUGCUGUGGCGCUGCGCAAGAUCCAGAAGCGCAGCACGAUGGAGAUCGUGAAGAAGAAUUGCAUCGAAGUGACGGAAGAAGGCGUCACGGUCGAGGGCGGCGAGAAGAUCCCUGCCGGACUCGUGGUCUGGACUGCUGGAGUGGGUCCCAAUGAGCUCACCAAGUCGCUAACGGUGUUCGAGAAGAGCAAGCGCGGGAACAUCCUCACUAACCAGUAUUGCCAGGUGCUGGGCGCCGCUGAGGUCGAAGAGAAGGCCCCGUGGGGAAUGCCGCGCCGCUCGAACGUGUUCAGUAUCGGCGACUGUGCUGAGAUUCUCGAUUAUCCGCUGCCAGCUACGGCCCAGAAGGCGCAGACGCAAGCCAACUACCUUACGUCGCUGCUUCGAGGCAAGAACCCGACGCCGGCCAAGCCGUACGCAUUCCAGAGCAAGGGUAUGAUGGCGUACUUGGGCUCUUACGAGGGCCUUUUCGAGGCCCACCCCCGCGACGACGACAGAAUCACGCUCAGCGGGUGGAAGGCCUGGUUCCUCUGGCGUAGCGCGUACUUGACCAAGCUGGGAAGCUGGCGGCUCCGGAUGCAGGUGCCGCUGGACUGGCUUAAGGCGAUUCUCGUAGGCCGUGACGUGUCCAAGUUUUAGACGGGCAGGCUACAUUAAUAAACCCCUCUCUGAACCCCUUG